AUGCUUAGGGAGAUAAAGGUUUUCCCGGAGAUGCAGGAUUGCGGGGGCCAGAGGGUUAUCAAGGAUCGGAGGGUCAUCCUGGCCCAGUGGGCCCAAACGGAGAUGAUGGAUUUCCUGGUCUUCCUGGGGCUGAUGGCGCUGAUGGACUACCAGGUCCCCCAGGAACACAUGGACCCAAGGGUGACUCCCAGAUAUCAGAGGGUGAAGUACCAGGGUUACCGGGCAUUCCAGGAAGAGUUGGACAACCAGGAGAAAUUGGGUUUCCUGGGAAAAGGGGGCCACCAGGGGACCCUGGACCUAGGGGAACUGAAGGGUCUUUUGGCCACCCAGGACCCCCCGGAGCCAAGUUAUGUCAAGAUCAGUGUUGGAUCGGGGAGGAAAGGACCACCAGGACCACCAGGGCGACCGGGCCAAAUUAAAAUGUACGUCUCUGGCACUAUCGAGUUAAAGGGUCUUAAAGGAGUAAGAGGAGAUAAAGGACAGAAAGGUUGCCACGGUUCUCCUGGUGAUGCUGGUUCUGGCAGUUAUAAUAAAGGAGCCAAAGGAGACAGAGGCUAUGGAGGAGCUGAGGGGAGACCUGGUGAGCGAGGUCAUCAAGGAUUUCCAGGAACACAAGGAGUGAAGGGUGAACAGGGAAAUAUGGGUGUCCCCGGACUCCCUGGGCAGGUAGUUGGAACUGUGACUAUGCAGCUCAAAGGUUAUCCUGGAGACCCUGGACUACCAGGCCAGCCUGGGCACCCUGGACCCACGGGUUUUCCGGGGUUUCCUGGACCCAAGGGAAAACCUGGAGGUGGAUCUCAUUGGUCUGAUUCGAAAGGCGUGGAUGGCCCCCCGGGCUUUCCAGGUCCUAAAGGGGACCCUGGGGAGCCUGGCGAUGUAUACCCAGGGCCCCUUGGGCCAGAUGGGGAUCCAGGCGAUCAAGGCUGUCCUGGAGAUCCAGGGCUACCUGGGCAACCAAGUGACAGCGAUAAGAGGAUUAAAAUUGGUCUGCCUGGAGCAAAAGGAGUGAAGGGUAUCCCUGGACAUCCUGGAGAUGAAGGAAACAUUGGACUGAAAGGGGAGAGGGGGGCCACCUGUUACGUGUGCAACACAAUUGGGCCAGGGCUGCCAGGACCACAGGGACCACCCGGGCCAAGAGGCUUACCCGGCUAUAAUCAAGGACCAGGGGCCAAGGGUGAUCCAGGCAUCCCAGGACUCAGAGGCUUACAUGGACCUCCAGGUCCCGGAGGUGAACCAGGACUUACAGGGAUCCCAGGACCAAAGGGAGAAUCCGGCUAUUACCAAUUCCCUGGAGUAAUAGGAGAGAAAGGAGCCCUUGGACUGCCAGGCAGGCCUGGCAGCGAGGGCCUUGAGGGGUCCCCUGGCUUACCAGGUCGCAAAGGUGAACAAGGCCCAAGAGGAGAUUCGUAUGUGUUCCCUGAUGUGGAGGGGAACCGUGGUUCUCCAGGUCUACCAGGAUUUCCAGGGAGACCAGGACCAGUUGGAACCCCGGGGUCAGUGGGACAUGGUUUGAGGGGACUCCCAGGAAAUAAGGGCAGUGUCGGAGUGCCAGGUUUGCCGGGAGACCCUGGCCUGCCUGGCCAGAAAGGGGAGCCCAGCCACAUCCAUUUCGAAGGAGAUACUGGACCACCUGGAUAUAAAGGUCUACCUGGCCCAGCCGGAAGCCCGGGGUACCAAGGGGCUUCAGGUAUCCCAGGCUUACCAGGCUCACCAGGACAGAAAGGAGAACGAGGUGAUAUCACCUUCCCUGGAGCUCCAGGGCUCAGAGGACAGAAAGGUGAAAAGGGGCCGCUAGGUCCUCCAGGUCUCCCGGGUACAGGUUUUGCUGGCCGGCCAGGUGCACCCGGAGUUCCCGGCCCGCCGGGGUUAGAGGGUGAUGGUGGUCAAGGGUACCCCGGCCCUGAUGGGCUCCGAGGGUAUCCAGGUGAAGAUGGGGAUCAAGGGUCUCCAGGAGACCCGGGCCCCGCUGGCAGACCAGGAGAAUCAGGACUACCAGGCCUUCCUGGUUUCCCAGGAGAAAAAGGGAGUAAAGGUUCUUUGGGACCUCCAGGAUUGCCUGGUGAUAAGGACUGUGAUAGAGAUACAAUUGGACUGGAGGGACCACCAGGACCAGAUGGGCAUCCAGGACUUUCAGGUCCAGGUGGAAGGCCCGGUGUGAAGGGAAAUCAAGGUGUCCCAGGAUUUGGCCAGCCUGGCCUAGCUGGUGAACCUGGGCUCCCUGGGGCACCUGGGCUUGUGGUGCCAGGGGUUCCUGGACCAGAGGGGAUCAGGGGCAAAGAUGGUGUGCCUGGUGUACAAGGUGUGAGAGGAGAUCCUGGACCAGAUGGGAGACUAGGAUACGGACCAGGGGGACUGCCUGGACCUCUAGGACCACCUGGAUCAAGAGGUGCCCAAGGCAGACAUGGAGUGAAAGGUUCCAGGGGACCACCAGGUGCAAGUGGGGACCCAGGCAUCAGAGGUCCUCUGGGGCCUCCAGGCUCGCUACCCCUUGAACUAGUUGGUCAAAAAGGAGACCCUGGGCUACCAGGUGCUCCUGGUCAUGAUGGUCCUCCUGGAGAUUCUGGAUAUGUUGGACUCAAGGGAAAAAUGGGGUUGUUAGGACAACCAGGAGGCCCCGGGCUAAGAGGCCAAGUAGGGCUCAAAGGAGAGCCAGGUCUCUCUGGAGGCCAAGGUCCAAAUGGUAGCCCUGGUCCACGUGGCUACAAGGGAGAGAAAGGAAAUUCAGACUGCGAUGGAUAUGGACCCCCUGGACCACGCGGACAAAAGGGUGAACCAGGAUCAAGCAGUAAAGGGUUUAAGGGUCAGAAAGGAGAACGUGGUUUUAUAGGUCUCCCAGGUGUUUCGGGAAGUCCUGGCACCAAAGGAGACCCAGGACCUGGACAUAAUGGCCUCCCAGGGAAUCCAGGCCCUCAGGGUUCAAAUGGACCCCCAGGACACAGAGGACCUCCAGGACCAAAUGGUCUUCCAGGUAACCGAGGCCCACAUGGUUCUGCUGGUGCUCCGGGUCCUAAGGGCAACCAGGGCCUGGAUGGAAUCCCUGGACCAGCGGGACAGAAGGGGGAGACUGUCUCAGCAGGAGGAGUCCCUGGCAGGCGUGGUAUCGAUGGUCAGCCAGGUUCAGUCGGAGACCCUGGUCCUCCUGGGAGGUCUGUCCUAGGAAAUGCUGGAUUGAUAGGAGACAGAGGACCACCGGGUUUACCGGGACCCCCUGGUCCAAAGGGACAACCAGGAACCGCGGAAUAUGUGGAUACUGGGCCCAAAGGAGACCGUGGUCUACCUGGAAAUCCUGGCAGCCCUGGCCUGCCAGGUUUACGAGGUCCCCCCGGGCCCGAUGUGUCGGGUUUAAAAGGAGACAGGGGCGACCCUGGUCCAAAUGGGAUUCAAGGCUAUUUUGGACCCCCUGGAAAUCCAGGUCCCCCAGGACCACCUGGGCGAGGAUCGAGGCCUGGAGACCCCGGACCAAGAGGUGACUCUGGUCCCACUGGGUACCGAGGGCAACCUGGUGACAGGGGGGACCCAGGCUAUGUUAAAGGCCCACGUGGACAACAGGGGAUCAAAGGUUUCCCUGGUCCUCCAGGAUUGAAAGGUGCAGUGGCGUAUGCAGAGAUCAUUAGUGAACCAGGUAUUCCAGGCUUACCGGGGCCCCAUGGUGACCGAGGAGCCCCAGGCCACACAGGACCCUCAGGUCUCCCAGGCCGAGCAGGGCGCCAAGGCUCCAGGGGAGCGCCGGGUUUCAGCCCACCUGGUGAUCCUGGAUUUUCUGGCCAAAAAGGAGACAAAGGACCCCCAGGACUGCCAGGUUCUCUGGGCAGCCCUGGACACCCGGGUCAACGAGGUUCUCGCGGUUUUCCAGGCACCAAUGGUGCGAGUUUGGCUGACAGCCUGCUGAUAGCCAGACACAGUCAGAGCAUCCGUGUACCUGACUGCCCUCAAGGCAUGACCCUCAUCUACUCUGGUUACUCCCUCCUCUUCAUCAACGGCAAUGAAAGGGCUCAUGGGCAGGACCUCGGCACCAUGGGCAGCUGUCUCCCUCGUUUCUCCACCAUGCCUUUCCUGUUCUGCGACACGGACAACACUUGCCGCUAUGCCUCCCGCAAUGACUACUCAUAUUGGUUGUCAACAGACAAGCAGAUGCCUCCCAGCAUGGUGGCCAUUACAGGGCCCGAGCUGGCAAGCUACAUUAGCAGGUGUUCGGUGUGUGAGAGUACCUCCAAUGCCAUCGCCAUACAUAGUCAGACCACCCAGAUCCCCGAAUGUCCUCGAGGCUGGGAGUCCCUCUGGACAGGAUAUUCUUUUGUCAUGCAAACCGGUGCAGGGGCAGAGGGCUCCUCCCAGCCGCUGGUGUCUCCCGGCUCCUGCCUGGAAAACUUCCGACGAGUGCCCUUCAUCGAGUGUCACGGCAAGGGAACCUGCAACUACUACCCCGACUCCUAUAGCUACUGGCUGGCCUCCCUCGACCCCAACCGCAUGUUCAGUAAACCUGUUCCCCAGACAGUGAAGGGACCUCGUCUACAGAGCGUCAUCAGCCGCUGCCAGGUCUGCAGGAAACCAUGGCAACCUGUCCAGUCAGGUGGAAGAUAACUGUAAGUUCCCCUCUGCGGAGUAACACCAGCGUCCUCAUCCGCAGGGGGCGCAGUGGCGGAGACUGCCCAGCGUGGCACGGACAUAUGAGGUCAAUUGGGAACGUUCAAAAGUUUCCCGCCGCGAUUUUCACCGUCAACUUUCUUGUUGCUCGCGGAACAGUUUGA